UCUACUCUCACGUACUCGACCGGCGCAUACCUUGGGCUGCUGGCACAUCGAUACCGAGUAAUCGUUGCUUACAGAAGCGGAAUGUGAGAAGAGUGAAAGAAAAUUUCUAGAGGAGGCUGUCGUGAGUUAAACAACGAGUUUAGAUGAGCGUUGAGCUCAAGUUUAGCUCAAGUUGAGCUCAAGUUUAGAGACAGUGUCGAGGAUAACAAAUCAAGUUGUUGGCUGCCAGCAUCUACGUCACGUGCAAAGAUUCCAGCGCUGCAAAAGAUUUUGGCCUACAUUUACCGCUCCCCUACAGACAAACGGUUUAGCACAAGUACAUCUUGUCUGCCAGCUACACGGCUUGACCAUGACCCCUACAACGUGGCUGGCUACAGCUGCCCUUAUGACGCUGCUGGACGUCACGUGGUCAUGCCCCAUAGCCUGCACGUGCGUCCAAGAUUUUGUCACGUGUUCAGACUUCCAAAUGCUGGACCUCUCGGUGCUGCCUCGCAGGACUCACACUCUGGCACUGACCAGAGGUGACGUGGAGGACUUGAGUCCCGGCUUUCUCGCCAUGGCCCCGGCCCUCAAGAUCCUGGAGAUGUUUUCUGUCAACGUGCGCAUCGUCAGGGGCGGCGCUUUUAGGGGGUUAAACAAUCUGGACCUCUUGUCUGUAUCGGGAUCAAGGUUUGACAUCGUGGAGCCGGACAGCUUUAGCGGCCUGCACGACAUUACCAGCCUGCUCAUCUCCGACUCCGUCUUUGGCCGGGUGGGCAGGCACGGGUUCGCCGACAUUCGCCGGGUCAGGAAGCUGCAGGUGACCGGCUCCACCUUCGGCGCCGUGGCCCCGCAGGCGUUCUUUAGGCUGGCAGACGUGGGGCAGCUGGUGCUGGAGGGGAACAACAUCAGCGCGCUGGGGGCGGGCAGCUUCCUGCAGGCCUCCAACAUCCGCCAGCUCCGUCUCCUGGGCAACAGGGUGGAGGCUGACGGGGGUGGGAGCCUGGAGCUUCUGGCUGCUGCCAGCUCCCUCCCCGAGAUCUCACACAACGUCUUCCCCUGCGCCUGCAACAUGGCCUGGCUGACGGACAAGUUCCAGACUUUUUUAAGCCAGAAUUUCUGUUUCUUCCCGGGUCAAAGUGACAUCGCUGACCGGACGUUUCGCCUCUCUGACGUCACACAGGAAGUUUUGUGUGAUGGAGAGGCACGCACGCCUGACCUACAUAUCAGCGGGAAAGGUCAUGAUCACGAGGAUGUGGGCCAUGGUGAUGUGGGCCAUGGUGAUGUGGGCCAUGGUGAUGUGGCCCAUGUGGAUAUAGGCCAUGUGGAUGUGGGCCAUGGUGAUGUGGGCCAUGUGGAUGUAGGCCAUCGUGAUGAAACGUUUACAAGUAUUGAUAUGAUUGAAAAUAUUUUUGAGAUUCUGCAGGAAGAAAAUUCAGGUGAAGACAAGCCAUCAGCUGUAGAUGAGACAGACAAGCCAUGGACGGACAAACCCGACUGGCCGCCGGCUGCUACAGUGCCACGUCCAUUCUUGACCACCCAUAUAUAUGACGUCAUUGAUGACGUCAUAGACCUUAGUUCUGUUCUGGAAGACGCCAGGCCAAGUCUACACAAAACUUCAAGUCUGUGGGGGCUUCACGGUGGGAGCCUCACAGACACCCCCACACACAGCCCACACCUCUCACACAGAGACACACCCACACACAGCCCACACCUCUCACACAGAGACACACCCACACACAGCCCACACCUCUCACACAGAGACACACCCACACACAGCCCACACCUCUCACACAGAGACACACCCACACACAGCCCACACCUCUCACACAGAGACACACCCACACACAGAGACACACCCACACACAGUCCACACCUCGCACACAGAGACACCCCCACACACAGCCCACACCUCGCACACAGAGACACCCCCACACACAGCCCACACCUCGCACACAGAGACACCCCCACACACAGCCCACACCUCUCACACAGAGACACCCCCACACACAGCCCACACCUCGCACACAGAGACACACCCACACACAGCCCACACCUUGCACACAGAGCCACACCCACAGAGACGCCGCCCACUCCAUUCACUCAACUUCCAUCGACUCACGACCCCAUACAAACGAACGACUCAACCCCUGAACCACGGAGUGAACCACACACAACCCCUGAACCACAGCGUGAACCACACACAACCCCUGAACCACAGCGUGAACCACACACAACCCCUGAACCACAGCGUGAACCACACACAACCCCUGAUCCAACUCCUGAACCUCGUCAACAACCCCGAACCCCUGAACCACCCCGAACCCCUGAACCACCCCGAACCUCUGAACCAGAGGAGGGGACAACUGGCCAAUGGUCUGAUGAGGACCUGCCUGAGAUCUCUAUUGAUUUUCCCGACACACUGACAGACGACACACUGACAGACGACACACUGACAGACGACACACUGACAGACGAAUCAGUGUCACGUGACCGUUUAGAUGUACAUAAAGUUGAAGCCAUUAUAGACUACGUUGAUCUCGCCAUCAGUACCACACCUACCACACGUGGCCCCAGGGAUCCACGGGUCAACCACAGGGAUCCACACGUCAGCCACAGGGAUCCACAUUUGUCGUCUGCUGAUAAUGACCUACCAGACGACACCCGCAACCAACCGGAUCUCAGCCUUGGCCCUUACAUUCACGCCCGGCCCUACGGUUCGGCACCAGUGGGCAUGCGCAGACCGAAGAACUCGACCGGAAGUCUCAAGUCUCACACGAUCGCAGUCUGCUUGACUCUGUGUUAUUGGGCUCUUCUCACUCUCUGAGUGCUUUCAAAAGUCUCAACACAGCACGGCAGCACGCCCGUGUACACAGACACGCCAGUACGCCCGUGUACACAGACACGCCCGUGUACACAGACACGCCCGUGUACACAGACACGGCAGCACGCCCGUGUACACAGCACGCCAGCACGCUCGUGUACACAGACACGGCAGCACGCCCGUGUACACAGACACGGCAGCACGCCCGUGUACACAGACACGGCAGCACGCCCGUGUACACAGCACGCCAGCACGCCCGUGUACACAUACACGCCAGCACGCCCGUGUACACAGACACGCCAGUACGCCCGUGUACACAGACACGCCCGUGUACACAGACACGCCCGUGUACACAGACACGGCAGCACGCCCGUGUACACAGCACGCCAGCACGCCCGUGUACACAUACACGCCAGCACGCCCGUGUACACAGACACGGCAGCACGCCCGUGUACACAGCACGCCCGUGUACACAGCACGCCCGUGUACACAGACACGG